AUGGUCAAAGGGUACGCCGUGCCGCUAGAUCCUGAGAUCUAUGCCGCCGAUCCAGGAUACACCUCACUUUUUGACCCUUACAUUCACAAGAAAACGGAAAUAGCCGACCAUGCUUCAGUCCAAUGCCACAUUGACUUGCACGGAGUUGAUGGCGUUGGGUCCAAGUUCGGCAAUCUCAAUGCACAUGCUGGAAAUUUCACUUCUUUGUGUGCGCCAAACUGUCUACCUGAAAGACUGGCUCUUGUAGCAUACACCGUUGAAUAUGCAUUCCUCCAUGAUGACGAAACCGAUAAUGCGGCAGAUCAUGAUGCCCUACUGCACGAAAAUCAAAUGCUUCAUCAGGCACUUACCCAGAGUGGCAUGGCGUCUGUUUCAAGCAGAGUCUCGGAAAAAGCACAACGCAAGUCCGAAGUCCAAGCAAAGAUUGCAGCUGAAUAUCUGCGUCUGGAUCCCGUCUUUGGUGACUGGUUUAUUUCACGAUGGGAGACAUUUACCAAGUCAGUGGAGGAUGUCAGGAUUGCCCAAUUUGCCAGUCUGGAUGAUUACCUCGCAUUCCGAAUUGUCGAUGCUGCAGCAGACUGGACACUUUAUAAUUUUCGAUGGGGCUCAGGAAUCUCCCUCACUGAAGAAGAAGAGAAAAUCGCCGACCCCAUGAGCUACAUGGCAUAUGCCGAGCUAUGUCUCGUGAAUGACUUGUUCUCAUGGGACAAAGAAUACGCAUCUCACCUCAAAAGCAGCGGAGACGUUCCUUUGGUCAAUGCUGUCCAUAUUGUCGCGGUUAAUCAGGGUCUAACGCAUUCCGCUGCGAAGGCAGUAGUGAUGGCCGAGAUUCGAGCACACGAGGAAAGGUUUUGUCACUUGAAAGAGCAGUACAAGUCUACUUCGAACCCGUCAAGAUCAGUGCUUGACUGGUUGACUUUGCUGGAACACUCAAUGGCUGGUAAUUGGGUUUGGAGUCUCCGCGUUCCACGCUACUGGAAGACUGAACGGAACCCAUACAAAGAUCAUCUCGAGACUUUUGGCAUUAACAACGUCAGAGUCCUCGCACCGCCAGAGCAAUUUUUCGAUUCCAACACAGAUACCAAAAGCACCACCCAGGUUCGGGCGGUCGACCUUAAAAAGCAAACAGUUGAGGAUGACGCAUUGAUGAUCUUCGCAUCAAAUGGAUUGUCAGUCAACGAGCCCGUUUUGGACCCUUACACUUAUAUCAACUCACUUCCGUCGAAGAACGUGAGACAAACAUUGAUUUCCGCUCUGAACACAUGGUACAGAGUGCCCGAGAAAUCCCUCUUGAUAAUUGAAGGCGCAAUCAAUUUCCUGCACAACUCGUCGUUAUUGCUUGAUGAUAUUCAGGAUGGCAGCUCUUUGAGACGUGGCAAGCCUGUUGCGCACCACAUCUUCGGUAUCGGCCAGACAAUCAACACUGCCACAUACUUGAUGAAUGAAGCCUUGUGUCUCGUGCAUAUGCUUUCGAGGACUGCUGUCUCUGUCUACUCAGAGGAAAUGCGUCACCUUCAACUUGGACAGGGACGUGAUUUGCACUGGAGCUACCACACUCACGUACCUACCGCAUCACAAUAUAUUGGCAUGGUCGACGGCAAGACUGGUGGCCUAUUCCGUCUUAUAAGCCGUCUGAUGAAGUCAGAGGCUACAGUGAAUCGUGAUCUUGAUCUGGGUCAUUUGACUACCUUACUUGGAAGGUAUUUCCAGAUCCGCGAUGAUUACCAGAAUCUCCGAAGCGCCGAUUACACCGUACAAAAGGGCUUCUGCGAUGAUCUCGAUGAAGGGAAACUGUCAUUCCCCAUAAUCCUGUCCAUGCAAAUGCCAGGAUUCUCCAACACCGCGCUCACAAGCAUCUUCAGAAGCUGCCAACAUGGCCAAACCCUGUCGCCACAAAUGAAGCAAUAUAUCCUCGAGGAAAUCACUGCCCGAGGCGCAUUCUCACAAACAAGAACUGUCUUGAAGAGAUUGCAUACCGAACUGCUUCGUCUACUGAUAGAGACGGAAAGAGAAGCUGGCGAAAGAGAGAACUGGACACUUCGAUUGCUAAUCAUGAAACUUGAGAUCAACGACGAGGAGGAGAAGAAUGAAAAAAAGACAAUUAGUGAUUCCGAGUACGCUUGGAAGAAUAAUCAGCGACUCGGCUGGGAAGGUACUCAGGUGAAUGGACGUCCUAUUGCUAAGGCUUGCUUCCUCAGAGCUCUGGAAGCUUCUUGA